CCGCAACACUCUUUAUGUGUUCCCUGAUGAAGGGUUUUUGGUUUCAGUUUGUGAACAUCUUUGGGUUUUGACCAUCUGGAUCAUUUUUCUUAUUUUUAUUUAUCAAAAUAUAAAAACCCUUUUGGGUGUUUCUAUUAAUUUUGAUUUUUGAACUAGUAAUAAUCACUAGCAGCCUAUUUAGGAUUUGUGUUUUGAUGGCUCGGUUGAUUCUGCCGUGCAAAGGUUCGGGUUUAUCGAAGACGUGUCUCUUGGGUUUGAUCUCCUCUGCUCCUCUUCAAGCCACUUGUCACAUUAGUUCCAUCGGGAAUUCAGCAAAGAAUCUUGCUAGAUAUAGGCAGUACCUUAAUUUAGAGGUUACCCGAGGGAGCAAUUAUCGAUUUCCAUAUUUUUCAUUGCCUAGGGCCAAGCAAGUCAGCAGGAGGCUAAUUUGUUCAGUUGCAACAGACACAUUAUCAAAACAAGUUGAAGAAUCCAAAAUGGGCACUCCAAAAGAAAUCUUCCUAAAAGAUUACAAGAUGCCUGAUUAUUACUUCGAUGCGAUGGAUUUGAAAUUUUCACUUGGUGAGGAGAAAACAAUUGUCUGUUCCAAAAUAACUGUCUUCCCUAGAGUCGAAGGUUCUUCUUCUCCACUGGUGCUGGAUGGGCAAGAUAUGAAGUUGGUUUCAGUCAAGGUCAACAGCAAGGAACUGAAGGAGGAGGAUUUUUACUUGGACUCACGCCAUCUGACUCUCCGAUCACCACCAAGUGGUAGAUUUACUUUGGAAAUUGUGACUGAGAUACUCCCACAUAUGAACACAUCAUUGGAGGGGCUUUACAAGUCGUCAGGGAAUUUCUGUACACAAUGUGAAGCGGAGGGAUUCAGAAAAAUUACAUUCUAUCAGGAUCGUCCUGAUAUUAUGGCAAAAUAUACUUGUCGCAUUGAAGCUGAUAAGUUGUUGUACCCAGUAUUGUUGUCUAAUGGAAAUCUCAUAGAGCAAGGAGACCUUGAGGAUGGCAGACAUUAUGUGCUUUGGGAGGAUCCCUUCAAGAAACCUUGCUAUCUGUUUGCUUUAGUUGCUGGACAGUUGGAGAGCAGAGAUGACACUUUUAUCACUCGUUCAGGCCGUAAGGUGUCCUUGAGAAUCUGGACCCCUGCACAGGACCUACCCAAGACUGUUCAUGCCAUGUAUUCUCUUAAGGCUGCAAUGAAAUGGGAUGAAGAUGUUUUUGGUCUCGAGUAUGACCUGGAUCUCUUCAAUAUUGUGGCUGUUCCGGAUUUUAACAUGGGAGCCAUGGAAAACAAAAGCUUGAAUAUUUUCAAUUCCAAACUUGUCUUGGCAUCUCCAGAAACUGCUAGUGAUGCAGAUUAUGCUGCAAUUUUGGGAGUUAUUGGUCACGAGUAUUUUCACAAUUGGACAGGCAACAGGGUAACAUGUCGUGACUGGUUCCAGCUUAGUCUAAAGGAAGGUCUUACUGUUUUCCGUGAUCAGGAAUUUUCAUCUGACAUGGGGAGCCGUCCUGUAAAACGGAUCGCUGAUGUUUCGAGGCUUCGAAAUUAUCAAUUUCCACAGGAUGCUGGUCCCAUGGCUCAUCCGGUACGGCCGCAUUCUUACAUCAAGAUGGACAACUUCUAUACAGUGACGGUUUAUGAAAAGGGAGCUGAAGUUGUUAGGAUGUACAAAACCUUACUGGGGAGUCAAGGAUUCAGAAAAGGAAUGGACUUAUAUUUUAAAAGACAUGAUGGGCAAGCUGUCACAUGUGAAGAUUUCUAUGCUGCUAUGCGAGACGCAAAUGAUGCAGAAUUUUCUAAUUUCCUGUUGUGGUAUUCCCAAGCUGGGACACCUCUGGUCAAAGUUACUUCUUCCUACAAUGCUGAAGCUCAUACUUAUUCUUUAAUGUUUAGUCAAGAAGUGCCCCCAACCCCAGGGCAGCCCAUGAAAGAACCCAUGUUCAUUCCUGUGGCUGUAGGUCUGCUGGACUCAGGUGGCAAGGACAUUCCUCUUACCUCUGUUUAUCAUGAUGGGAAGUUGAAGUCCGUUUCUUGCAAUGAUCAGCCUGCCUACACUACAGUUCUUAGACUAACAAAGAAAGAAGAAGAAUUUGUAUUCUCUGAUAUAUCUGAGCGGCCGAUUCCAUCUCUAUUACGGGGAUACAGCGCUCCUGUCCGUCUCGACUCUGAUCUUACUGAGAGCGAUCUGUCUUUCCUCCUCGCUCAUGAUUCAGAUGAGUUUAACCGCUGGGAGGCAGGGCAAGUGCUGGCAAGGAAGCUGAUGCUGAGCCUAGUGGCUGAUUUCCAACAAAACAAGCCAUUGGUUCUAAAUCCACAGUUCUUGCAUGGGGUCAAAAGCAUACUCAGUGACUCAAGCUUGGAUAAAGAAUUCCUUGCAAAAGCAAUAACUCUGCCUGGUGAAGGGGAGAUCAUGGACAUGAUGGAAGUUGCAGAUCCUGAUGCUGUUCAUGCGGUCCGAUCAUUCAUCAGAAAGCAGCUUGCUUCUGAGUUGAAAGAAGAUUUUUUCAGCACGGUCAAAAACAACAGAAGCUCGGAGCUGUAUGAGUUUAACCAUACCAAUAUGGCAAGGCGUGCUUUAAAGAAUAUUGCCCUUGGAUACCUUGCGUCACUUGAAGAACCAGAACUCACUGAGCUGGCAUUGCAUGAAUAUAAAACUGCCACUAAUAUGACUGACCAAUUUGCAGCUCUAGCAGCCAUAGCCCAGAACCCUGGUAAAACCCGUGAUGAGGUUCUGGCUGACUUUUAUAGCAAGUGGCAAAAUGACUUCUUGGUUGUGAAUAAAUGGUUUGCCCUUCAAGCUAUGUCUGACAUUCCUGGUAAUGUUGAGAAUGUUAAGAACCUCCUAAACCAUCCAGCAUUUGACCUGCGUAAUCCAAACAAGGUAUAUUCACUUAUCGGAGGCUUUUGUGGAUCUCCUGUGAAUUUCCACGCAAAAGAUGGGUCAGGCUACAGAUUCUUGGGAGAAUUAGUGGUGCAGCUCGAUAAACUGAACCCUCAGGUGGCUUCCCGCAUGGUGUCAGCCUUCUCUAGAUGGAGGCGCUAUGAUGAAACCCGGCAAAGCCUCGCCAAGGCACAGCUGGAGAUGAUCAUGUCAGCCAAUGGACUCUCGGAAAAUGUGUUUGAGAUAGCCUCCAAAAGCUUAGCUGCUUAAAUAUUUUCCCUUCUGUUUGAAGCGAGUUGUCAUAUAUAUAUGUAUAUGUAUGUUAUGGCUUGUGUCAUGGGAUCACAAUAAAAUGACUUUUGCGUUUGGCAAACUGGAAGAAUGUUUUAUUAUAAAAAGACCAUUUUUCAUUUGAA